AUUUUCCAUUCCACACUGGCACCCGUGCUCCCAGGGCUGUGACAGGGCGAGAAUGACCCUGACUGAAGCUCAGGGCACUCAGAGGAGGUGCUUUGGCGCGGGAACCACGCUCCUCCCACAAGCAAACCUCCGGAAGCCUCCAGGCCGGCUUUCUCAGGCCCUCAACAUUUAUUCGGCUUUCGGACACCACUCUACGACCCGGCCACUUCCUAAAGGGGAUCUGAAGGACGCCGGCCAUGAGCGGCCCGAGCAGCUGGCGGCGGGCAGCUACCGUGAUGUUGGCCGCAGGCUGGACCCACUCGAGCCCGGCCGGCUUCCGGCUGCUGCUUCUCCAGCGAGCUCAAAACCAGCGCUUCAUGCCCGGCGCGCACGUCUUCCCGGGCGGCGUGCUGGACGCGGCCGACAGCUCGCCCGACUGGGUGCGUCUGUUCGCGCCUCGGCACACGCCGCCGCGCUUCGGCCUAGGCCCCGAGCCGCCUCGGCAACCCCCCUUCCCCGGGCUGUCCCACGGCGACGCGGACCCCGCGGCGCUGCCGGAUGACGUAGCGCUGCGCAUCUGUGCCAUCCGCGAAACCUUCGAGGAGGCCGGGGUGCUGCUCCUGCGGCCGCGGGACGCGGAUCCAGCAUCUCAGGAGCCCAGUCAGGCACUGUCACCUCCGGCCGGCCUGGCCGAAUGGCGCUCACGCGUGCGCAGUGACCCGCGCUGCUUCCUCCAGCUGUGCGCGCACCUGGACUGCACGCCUGACAUCUGGGCGCUGCACGACUGGGGCGGCUGGCUCACCCCGUAUGGGCGAAUCACCCGCCGUUUCGACACCACCUUCCUCCUGUGCUGCCUGCGGGACACUCCGCGCGUGGAGCCCGACCUGGCCGAGGUGGUGGGCUACCAGUGGUUGUCCCCAUCAGAGGCAACUGAAUGUUUCCUAUCAAAAGAAAUCUGGCUGGCACCACCACAGUUCUAUGAAAUAAGAAGACUUGACAACUUUGCCUCUCUCUCUGCUCUGUAUAGAUUUUGUUCGGAUCGCCCAUUAGAAGGAGCUGAGAAAUGGCUGCCAAUAAUACUUUUAACUUCUGAUGGCACCAUCCAUCUUCUCCCAGGAGAUGAGCUGUAUGUGAAAGACUCAGACUUCUUGGAAAAGAAUAUGUCUACUGACAAAAAGACUGAAGAAAUCGUGAAGGAAGGCAAAGUCCUUAACCGAGUUGUGAUCCACAGUCCCUAUGUGUACGAAAUCUACAUGACUCUUCCGUCAGAGAAUAAGCACGUGUACCCUAGGAACUACGUAGUGAAUAAGAGAUGUACUGCCCACCUGUAAGCUGCACUACUUAUGUACUGUUAGCAAAUAAUGAAGAUUGACUGAACCUGUCUAAAAAUCUAAGGAAUGUACCCAUAAAAGUCACAAUGAGGUGUUACCUGUGUCACGUGCGUUUUGGGAGCCCCUGCCAUUUGUCAGACUGCCCAGCAAGCCAAAUGUAGAAUGGACGAAGUAGUAAAGCUCUUGUCACCAAGAUAAACGGUUUCACAACAGUUGUUUUAUUAGUUGAACAUUGGAAAGUGGUCUCCUGCCAUCCUCUAACUGUCCCACGCGUUAGCAGGUUUCCUGGAGCGCUGUGGAGACUGAGUCCUGGCUCUCUUUCUCUUUCGCAGGAAUUGAUGCAGAGAUACCUAGUUAAAGAGUGCUAAGGGUCAGAUGUGAGAGGUCUCCCACUUGCUCCCUGGUUGGUAGCUGUUCUGGCGGGUUGUGAAAACUGAGGGGCAGGCUUUAGCUAGGAAGCGUGGGUCUUGAGGGCUGGAGUCUUCACUCUGUGCCAGCAGGGUACUUUGUUUCUCCAUCCGAGGAGAUGUGAGCAGACUUUGCCUCCGGUUUCUGCCUCCAGGAAGGAAGGUCCCUUGGUUCUUCUGUCGGGCUUUCGAUCACAGUAAGGAAAGUUAAUAUAAAUAAACAGUGAUCAUCCUUCAAAGGGGAUGUCAUGGUCGUGCCAUAGACUCACCUUGAUAAUUAACAUACAGUAUUUGCAUUAAAACCAAAUGACAUUCAUUUUGA